AUGCGCCUGGCACGCCGUCCUCCAUCGCCUCAUUCUGCAAACCAUCUGGCGGCCCUCGCGGCACCCCGUGAGCGGCGCGGAAUCAACACGCUCCCCUUCGCGCUCCUUAGGCAGAUCUUGAAGCGCGCUUUCACAGACCAUUUCACCCAUGAGGAACGGACCGUGCCUCCAGCACGCGCCCUCGUCGCGCUCACCCAUGUCUGCGGGGCACGGAGAACCAUCAUCCCGCAGCUAUGGGAGAUCGUCUGCAGGGUCGAGCCGCCAGCGAUGAUACGCGAAACCGUAACGCGCUCGCGGGGAAUGCCGCUCUUGAUGUGCUCGUUGAGAAAAAGCACGACAAUGAGGACGGGGGGUGAUGGUCAGGCGGACCGUGACGAGGACGAAGAUGAGGGCGCAGACGAAGACGAAGACGAAACAGAAGAAUGGCGCAGGAGUGAAGACGAUGGAGACGACGAGCAUGUUGAAGACCGGCAUGGGAUAGGGCGGCAUGAGGAUGAAGACAAGGCCGACGAGUUGCAUGGUGUUUACGGCCAUGAAAGCAGUCGCGGCGAAAGCGACGGCUCGGACGACAGUGGCGAUAACGAGUGGCGAUGA